UCAGUAAAACGAGGUCGGUGAAUCAUGUGAUUUCGUGGGGGUUAGGAAUAUUCGUCUGCUUUAUGCAAUAAUGUGACCGCUUGAUACAGCGUUAUCUACCCAAUGACACUCAAUACGUCCUCGGAUAUACUGAUAGAAGAAGAAGGAUGGCCUUUUCUGCUGUCUGUAAGCUAUGGACGUUUGCUAUAAUAGGACUGGUACUUCUCGGGAUUGGAAUCGGUUCAAUAUUUGUCAUCAAUUCAGUGAUCCGCGAUGAAAUAAACAAGCAAGUGGUUUUGACUGCAGAUUCAGAAACCUACAGUGCCUGGGUUAAUCCUCCAGCAGAAGUUUACCUCCAGUUCUGGGUUUUCCAUGUGGAGAAUCCAUAUGAGAUUGUUCACCGUGGGGACAAACCAGCUUUGAAAGAGAAAGGCCCCUACUCAUACAGGGAAGUAAAAACAAAAGAGGAUGUGAAAUUCCAUGAUAAUGGCACAGUGACAUACAGAGAAACAAGGACUAUGUAUUUUGAUCCAGACACGUCUAGAGGAAGUCAAGAUGAAGUGCUGACAGUUGUUAACCUUCCAUAUGUUACGGUAGCCACCCUGCUCAGGUUUGAGUAUGACAUUAUCAAGGAUUUGGUCCAGGACAUCUUAAAAGCUACCAAUGAGACACUGUUCAUAAAGCUGUCUCCAAGGCAGCUGAUUUGGGGCUAUGAAGAUACUCUUCUUAAAGAUAUAAAAAUGGGAUUGAAAAAAUAUUUCAAUUUCACUCUUCCUUUAGAUGAUACCAUUGGUUUGUUUUAUAAGCAAAAUGGAUCUGAUGAUGGAGUUUAUAAUAUCUACACUGGAAAAACGGAUCCUUCUUUAUUUAAUACUAUCAAUUUAUGGAAUUAUUCAAGUAUUUUGGACUACUGGACCACACCUGGAGCUAAUGCAAUAAAUGGAACAGAUGGAACAUUUUUUCACCCUUUUAUUACUAAAGAUGAAACUCUUGAACUAUUUUCAACAGACAUAUGCAGAUCUAUAGGUGCUACAUAUGAGCAAGAAAUGACCGUCCUUGGGAUCAAUACUUACAGAUUUGUAGUGCCUAAACAAAUAUUACAGGACUAUGAACACUACCCACCAAAUGUUGGCUUUUGUACACCAGACAAAACAAGGUGUCUGGGUGCAGGACUAUUGAAUGCUACUGUAUGCAAACAAGGCCAGCCUGCCAUUGUAUCACUACCUCAUUUUUACCAAGGUGACCAGUCUCUUGUCGAUGCAUUCGACGGCUUACAUCCGACCAAAGACGUCCAUCAAACAUUCCUUGAUGUAGAGCCUUACACUGGUGCACUGUUGCGUGCUUCAAAGCGACUUCAGGUUAACAUAUGGCUACAAAAAAUAUCAAGGUUUACGGAAACAGAUCACCUGCCUGAUUUUCUACCAUUCCCAGUAAUGUGGUUGAAUGAGAGUGCCUUAGUUGAAGAAUCUACAGCAGAUGAGCUAAAAAGUCAGCUGUUAACAGUGAUAAAAGUGUCCCAAGGUGGGGAAUAUGCAGUUAUAGCUAUAGGGUCCAUUAUGGUCCUAGUGGUGAUAUGCAUCGCUAUCUUUAGGUGUCAGAGACAGCGGGAUGACCAGCUUCUCCAUAGUGUUAACACAGAUGACAGGUCAGAUUAUGGAGCAGUUGGUUCUCGAGAGAACACAUACAACAAUGGACACAGCACUCAGAUGUGACAUUGGUGAUGCAGAUACUUGUUAAUAUAUGGCUUUAUUGGCACAAAAAAUUGUACAGUUUCAACUGUUAGUAGUUUAUUAGAGAAAAAGAGUGAAAAGAAAAAGAUGUGAAAAAAAAUGAAAUGGAACAAUAUUUUGUUUAUUGCUCAGUUAACAUACAGUAUAUCAUUCAAAAAUCGCAUCAGAACAAGGAUAUCCUUCCAUCUCAUAUUUGAUAUUGAGAUAUUGAUGCUGUGAUAGUCGAAGGUAUUUGACUCAAAAGUAGGCAGUGUGGACUGGUGACAAGUUUUCACUGCUGUAAUUCAAGGAUAGGAUGCUGCUGUGUUGCAAAUCAAUAUUAAAGUUGUAAUCAGUUGAAUAUUUUUACACCAGUCUGUUGUCUAAAUCAGAGACAUUGUAUUUGUUUUCAUACAGUAAAAGUUGCAACUUACAAUUC